AUGCGUCUCGGCGGCACCGCGCGUGACGCCGCCGUCGACACCAUGGGCUGCGAGCGCCUCUUCUCGCCAACGGCCAGCGACCGCGACCGCCGCUUCCAGAUCCUCAUCUCCCUGAUGAUGUCGAGCCAGACAAAAGACACGGUCAAUGCGGUGGCCAUGGGCCGAUUGCACGAUGAGCUGCCGCCCCAUGAAGCGGGCGCGCCACCAGGGUUGAACCUCGAGAACAUAUUGGCCGUUGAGCCUGCGAAGCUCAACGAGCUCAUCAGAGUCGUGGGUUUCCACAACAACAAGACAAACCCCAGGUUCAUCAAGCAGGCGGCCCUCCUCCUCCGCGACAACUUCGACGCCGACAUCCCCCCGACCAUCGACGGCCUCACCUCGCUCCCCGGCGUCGGCCCCAAGAUGGCCCACCUCUGCCUCUCCGCCGCCUGGGGCCGCACCGAGGGCAUCGGCGUCGACGUCCACGUGCACCGCAUCACCAACAUGUGGGGGUGGCACAAGACGGCAAGCCCCGAGGCCUCGCGCCUCGCCCUCGAGGCCUGGCUGCCCCGCGACCGCUGGCACGAGAUCAACACGCUGCUCGUCGGCCUCGGCCAGACCGUGUGCCCGCCACAGGCCGGCCGGCGGCGGUGCGGCGAGUGCGACCUCGGGCUGCGCGGCCUGUGCCGGGGUGCGGAUCGGAAGAAGGUGGCGCUGGGACGGGCGGCGGGGCCCGAGGGCGUCAAAGUGAAAGAAGACGACGUGCCCAAGGUGGACGUCCUUGCGUCAGAGUUUUUCGAGACGCGGGUGACCAAGGAGGAAGGGCACAUGCUGGACGAAAAGGUGGUCAGCAUCAAGCGGGAAGCGAUACAUGACGAGUAA